AUGUGGACAUGUAUGUUUCCUUCGUGCGUAUUCAGCGCAAUAUCUUUGCGAAUUUUGUUCACUCGCCUGAAUUUAGUACACUCAGACGACGAAUUUCAAGUUAUCUGUGGUCUCGGGGACUCACCAGGUUGCCAAAAAGUUUUCCUUAAGUACAACAGUUUUUACAAACACGUUCGUAGAAAGCACGACGAUGUAUACAAAGGUCACACCCUUCCUCCAGUGCACGGGAAUUACUUUAUCGUGCCAACUGAACAAGGAAACGAGGACAAUUUGCAACACUCAGCUAAUUUGACUGUGGAGGAAGCCGACGAAUCUGGAGAGUUAGCUACUGUUCAUGAAACGGGCAUCGAUCCAAAUGAAUUGGAUGACCAGAUGAAAAGUAACAGUUUGCCGGGAAGGGGGGGAAGGGGCGUGCUGCUCGAAUGAUUUACAAGUGAGAUUGUUUGUUGUUGUUUUUUAGCAUGAGAGAGGAAUACGGACUACCUCAAAGUGCUUUUAAAUCUGUUAUGAGCUAUACUACGCAAAUCUGCCAGGACAAUAUGUUGUUAGCUGGCCAAAGAGUCAAGAGGAAAUUGGAAAACAGAAUUGAUAUUAGUGACUGUUUGGACUUAAGUGAUUUCCCCCCAUUUAAACGCUGCCACAGCGGUUGGUUAAGAAAUCAAUUUAUCAACCAACACUUCAAUGUUGUGGUAUGUACUUUUGAGGACUAA